CUCUAUCGAACGUCUCAUCGUUGCCACCAAGGCGCAGGACGCUGUGCCGGCUCUCCGUAACAUACUCCCAAACCUGAGCGCUGACUGUCGAUGCAUCCUGCUGCAGAAUGGUGUGCUGGCAGUGGCAGAAGAACUGCAGCGGGAACUGGGCCGCGAGCUUGGACUCGUGCCCAUGGCUAACUACAUACACACACAGGACAGCGACCCAACACCUGCAGAUGACUCCGCUAGUGGACCCGCGCCGCCACGCUAGCAACAUCGACAUCAUUACCAACAGCAGCGGGCAGAGCGCGGACCACGCCGCUUUCCUCCAAGAGCUAUCAGGAGCCCUGCCCGGCCUCGUGCUGCGACCGGUGGCGGAUCCAGGAACCCUCUUGCGGGAGCUGCUCGCCAAACUCGCCGCAAAUUGCGCGAUUAACCCGUUAACAGCAUUGCUGGGCUGCAACAACGGCGCAUUAACGGAGCUUGCACAUGUGCGCGGUCUGAUGCGGGAAGUGUGUCGUGAGCUUAUCGCUGUGUUUGGACCAGCAGCGUUUGGACCGGCGAAUGGCCAAGGUGCCAACAAACAAGGUGCGCGCAUGUCCGAAGCGUUGAAGGACUGCGCGGAUGCGGCGGAGCAGGCAGCGCUGUACGACUGGGUUCUGGGAGUUGCAACCGCGACGGCGGGCAACCGGUCCAGCAUGCUACAGGACGUGACUGCAGGGCGGCCAACGGAAGUGGAUUACUUGAGCGGCUGGGUGGUGAGGGCCGCGGCCGUCCGGAACUUGCAGGUGCCGGUAAAUACAACGUUGCUUGCGCUCGUGAAGGCGAAGGAGGGGCUGCAGGGCGCAUAG